AUGGAUGCUUCGCAGGACUUCAAGUCCUUGCAGGAGAAGAUCCAGGGCGCACUUGUUGGUACCACCAAGUCCGCCAACCGAAUCGCAAACGAGGAUCUCAGCUUCCAGCGCACCGCCAACCCCUCCGUAGGAGACAGGCUCGAUGACCAGACGGAGCGUCUGCUGAGCCUUGCCAGCGGGUUGCUUCAGUCUGCUGGCAAGGCGACAGACCAGAGCGCGCCAUCUUCCUUCGACGACGCCGAAGAUGUGGACAUACAAUGGCGGGGCAUCGUGGAUGUGAUAGAUUCACUCCUCGAGAAGGCAGACACGUGCUUGGACGAGUACACAGGCUUAGUGAAGCGGAAGGUCGCACCUGUCGCAGAUGCAGGUUCGAAGCCGAAGAAGUCGAAGACUAAUGACCGUCUUGAUUACAACAUUCGCCGUGCGAAUAUCGUCAAACCACAGAAUGCCUUCGAGCGCAGACCAGACAACUUCCACAAAGGGCCGUGGAAACCUCUCUUAUCCCAGAAACCCCAUGCAUUAGUGCCGCUGGAGGAAAGCCUUGGCACCUUCACUGAUGAGAAUGAGACCACUCAGUACGACUAUAUACUUUCUUUUCCCCUUCUCCUUCUUCCAAAUCGUGGUCAAAAGGUCGAGGAUAUGUCCCCGAAACAUUUGCAAAGAUAUUACAAGAGGAUCAAUAAAGUAAAAAACAUGGGCUCAACGCGGGAUACUGACGGUAGAUUCAGGUUCAAACACCCAUAUGAGACAGAGGUUUUGAAACUCCAGUACCCUCCGACCGUAUACGAGAAGAGAGAGCCGAUCCCAUAUCUCCCGGCUGAAGAUACAGCAGCGACCUGGGUAGAUACGUAUGAAGGUGUUCUCGCCAUGCUGGAGGAACUAAAGAAAGCCAAAGAGAUCGCUGUUGAUCUUGAACAUCAUGACUUCCGAACUUACAAUGGAUUACUUUCACUCAUGCAGAUUAGUACCCGUGAAAAGGACUGGAUAGUGGAUACUCUCAAGCCAUGGCGACACCAACUAGAGAUUCUCAACGAGGUCUUCGCUGACCCGAGCAUCGUCAAGGUAUUCCACGGUGCCUUCAUGGAUAUUGUUUGGCUACAGAGAGACUUGGGCUUGUAUGUCGUCGGCCUCUUCGACACUUUCCAUGCCAGCAGUGCUCUCAACUAUCCGGGAAGAAGUCUUGCCUAUCUUCUGCAAAAAUUUGCGGACUUUGAAGCCGACAAAAAAUAUCAAAUGGCCGACUGGCGAAUCCGACCGUUACCGGACGAAAUGCUCUACUACGCCAGAUCUGAUACACAUUAUCUACUCUAUAUCUACGAUAUGUUGAGGAACGAGCUUGUUGAGAAAUCCGACCCAACCGAUCCGGAAAAGAAUCUGGUUGAAUUUGUUCUGCAGAAGUCGAAGGAAGUCUCACUUCUCCGAUAUGAGGGCUUGACAGCAGACCCAUCGACUGGCCAAGGACCUCGAGGGUGGUUCAAUCCUCUCACAAAGACGCCUUCCGCGUUCAGCAGUGAGCAAUUCGCAGUCUAUAGAGCUGUUCACAAAUGGCGGGAUGACCUUGCUCGCCGGGAGGAUGAGAAUCCUCAAUUUAUUAUGCCACAGCAUGUCAUGACUGACAUCGCGAAGAUUAUGCCGUCUGACCCGAAGGCACUCUGGAGUCUAUUUCGCGAGUCCGCUCAGAUAGUACGGCGAUCAGUUGAUGAGCUAUUUGCCAUUAUUCAGAAGGCAAAGGCCGAGGGGGUAAAUGGGCCCACGAUGGUGGACUUCUUUCGUGGUGACACUAUGGGGUCUAUAGCCAGUCACCUGGCAGCGACGAAGAACAAGGCAUCCGAUGAAGAGCUGCCUGCUGCGAAAGAACUGCGGAGCGAGAAUUCCCAGCUUUGGGGCACUGUGCCCCUGAGCAGCGUCUGGGAUCAGACAUCCCGGGGGACUGCGGCAUCUGAUAACGUCCAGAUUGCCGUGCCAUGGUCUAACUUUGUGCAGGGACUUCGAGCUGCAGUCCCUGACACUCCCCCCGAGCCGAAGGCUGAGAAAGAAGAUCCGGACGUAGACAUGCUACCACUGGAGACCUCAGUCCCUGAUACCGAGUUCACGUUGAGGGCUGGCAGAAAGCGCGAUGAUGCUAGAACAGAUGCCGCCAAGGAUGUUGAUGAUGUGGAAGGGUCCGCAUCAAAGAUCAGUCUCAAAGGAAAUAGGAAACAGAGGAAGAGGGAUAAGAAGAAUGCCAAUUCCAAGGCGAAGAAGAAGAAUGGUGAGAUCGAAAUCAUUGACGAUGAAGAGGACAACGAGGAGCCUUUCGAUUAUAGCAAGGCACAGUCCGUACUUCACGCUCAACGAGCCAACAAUGGACCGACCACUAGAACAUUCGAUCCUUAUCGGGCGAAGAUGACGGCUGAAGGUCCCAAGGCCGCUCGGCGAAUGCAGCACGAGAAGGCUGGUAAGAGCGCGACCUUUAAGAAGUGA